GAACCGUUGAAAGAACUCGAGCGAUCGGUGGUGUUUUGUUGGUGCGAAACCGGGAAUUGUGGAUAAUGAGUUUUCUUGCGGGAAGGUUAGCAGGGAAGGAGGCAGCUUAUUUUUUCCAGGAAUCCAAACAAGCGGUGGGAAAAUUAGUCCAGAAAAAUCCUAACGCCAGCAAGAGUCUCGAGGCGGUCCCUUCUUCGUCUGCUGCGGAGCACGAAGGUCAACAUCACGCCGACGUGCUUCCUGAGGUCCUCAGGCACUCCUUGCCCUCAAAGGUGUUCAGAGAUGACACCGUUUUAAAUUCCUCCUCCUCCUCCUUCAAUCCCGCCAAAUGGGUCCUUCCUUCCCAAUCCAAAGCUGUCUCGUCUGUGUCUCCCGAUGCUCUCAAUCCUCUCAGAGCUUAUCUCUCUCUCCCUCAAGUCACGUUUGGCCCCAGAAGAUGGGAACUGCCUGAAAUGUCGCACUCAGUCUCAGCCUCAACUGCUAAUGAAUUGCAUCGAGAUAGGCAUACUACGCCUAUUAAUCCGGAGAAGAUAAAAGCUGCAGCUGAAGGGCUUGCAAAUGAUACAGGGAGGGACAAUUCUUCACAAUUGAGGCAGAAAAAGAUGGAAUCUUGGAAUUCUAUCUCUGAAGCCACAAGAAGGAAAUGUUUACUCUUUUCAAACAUAGGUUGCCUGAUUCAUUGCAUCAAAUAAACAGUGACAUAAUUUAUGUAUUGCUGGUGCUUUUAUAGGGGUUUUGUAAGUUGUGAUUGGGCUUAAGGUUUUUUAUUUGCGUAGAGAAAUUAUGAAUUAAUACAAGUGUGUCUGUAUGUGAAUGGAAUAAGUUGUAAGAGUCUCUGCCUCUGUGUUUCUUUUGUGAGCAUGCAUUUAGCUUGAAGUUUAGACUCUGGAAUGCAAUAACAGGAUUAACAAUAAAGUUAAAACAAGUAAACUGUUUUGCUUUAAUCUUUUCAAAAGAAAUAGGAUGGAAUGAUUUCUGAGUGUGUAAUAGGUAUCAAAGAUUCAUGCUUGAAAGAAUUGAAUUUGAUAAAACUUUCUUAAACAGAAAGUUCUAUACUCCUGACUUGUGGCUUUGAAAACUGGUGCCAAAGAAAGCUCCACAUUCUUGCUGGGAACCUUCUAUAAAGUUCAAUACCAAUAAAGCGUUAUAACCAAAUAGUUGCUUUUCUGAAAAAGAACAAUACCUCAUAUAUUCUAAGUUUUCGUACAUGAAGACAAACAUAUCUUGCAAUUUUUAUUUUUGUGAGAAUGCAUUGAAAAAUUGCUUUAUUUCAAUGCCUUUUGGAUUAUUCUUUAUUUUACUGUCUUAAUUUUUCAUCAACACUUAUUUCAACUAUGUUGUGCUUGCUGCACCAUGCCAGUGGUGUUGAGUUUUCAUUGGGGAUAUCCCUUGGAGGCCAAUUUUUAUAAUGCUGCUUAUGUUUCAUUU